AUGACAGGCUUAUCUGGCCAGGUAGCGGUAACUUCUGCUAUAACGACUAUUCCUGCUCUGGCAGUUCACAUACCGUCUACAGCCGCUGCCCCAGCAGUAAUUGUGGCCCUCAUUCCUGAGGUGGAACAACUGACCAUCGAAGUAGCGGGCUUCCAUGUCCUUGAGCCUUCACCGUCUCCUUCUCAUAUCAAGAGGAAUCUUGGUGGCAGCUUGUCCAUUACUGUUGAGGGAGGUUCUCCUAAGCAUACUUGUUUAACAAAGGAUGAUGCCUCUCAUACUCGGUUUAGGAUUAGAUCUUUGGUUUCGAUGGUAGUUGUUUUCCAGGACAAAAAACUGGGCUCUAGUGACCUUUUUAGGGAGUGGGAUCAACUGAAGGAGAAAUAUGAUGCCCUUGAGCGGGAAAAUUUUACGGUUGUGAAGGAGUUGGCCGGGCUAAGGGCAUAG